UGCUCUUCCCUCGUUCCCACUGCUUCACUAACUCGGCUUGCUUAACUUUCUCAAAGCUACCAUGAAUGUGUGUGCCAGUCCACAGUACCUGGGUGGACAAAGGGCCUUUUCUUCUGUUUCUGUUAUUGGUGGUCUAGGUGGUGGUCAUGGCAACUGUGCCACUGUGUGCCAACCAGUUGAAAGGCAACGCAGAGCUGGUGGCUACACCAGCAUGAGCCUCAAUAACUAUGGUAGUGGAGGCCGAAGGAUUGCUUACGGUUCUGGCUACGGAGGACGUAUCUACGGUGGCAUGGGUGGGCAAAGCAUGGGCAUGGUGGGUGGCAUGGGCUAUGGAGGCUUUGGAGGAGGCUAUGCCGAUGCUCAGGGCCAGCUUGGUUUCAAUAGGAUGGGUGGUGUACGAGAAGGGAUCCGUCGGGUCAGUAUUGAUGAGCGCCUCUUGAGGCCCCUUGCUGUUGGAGUGGAUCCAGAGGAGCAGAAAGCGCGAGCACACGAGAAAGAGGAGAUGAAGACGCUUAACAACCAGUUUGCUUGCUUCAUUGACAAGGUCCGAUCUCUGGAGCAACAGAACAAGGUGCUCACUACCAAAUGGGAGCUGCUCCAGCAAUGUGUCCAGCCUUCAAGGAAGAACGUUGAGACCUACUAUGAGAAUUUCCUUGCCACCCUUAAGAAACAGCUGGAGUGUGUCUUGAACGAGAGAGGGAAACUGCAGCAUGAACAGAAGAACAUGCAAGAACUAGUAGAGGAAUACCGGUCAAAAUAUGAAGAGGAAGUGAACAGGCGCGCAUCUGCAGAGAAUGAGUUUGUGGUGCUCAAAAAGGAUGUGGAUUCUGUGUUCCUCACCAAGGAAGAGCUAGAAGCCAGAGUAGAUGUGCUGGCACAAGAAUUGGAAGCCCUGAGAUUUGUCUUCGCGCAGGAGUUGAUUCAGUUAGACCAUCAGGUCUGUGACACUUCAGUGGUUCUGAAAAUGGACAAUACCCGAGACCUGGACAUGGACCUCAUCCUGAAUAAUGUAGAAGCUUGGUAUCAGAGUAUCGCUCAAAACAGCAAGCAAGAAGCCGAAGCCUUUUACCACAACAAGAUUGCAGAGAUUCAGAAUAAUCGGGGCAAAUACAAUGAAGAGCUUAAAUGCAACCAGCAUGAGAUCAUGGAGCUCAACCGAGUAAUCCAGAGAUUACACAACGAUACGGAAAGUGCCAGGAAGCAGGUUGCCAGUUUGCAAGCAGCAAUCUGCGAUUCGGAGAACCGUGGUGACGUUGCCCUGAAAGAUGCCCGGAGUAAGCAUGCCGAGCUGCAGACCGCCUACCAGCAGGCCAAGGAUAAGUUAGCUUCCCUGCUCCGUGAUUGCCAGGACCUGCUCAACACCAAGAUGGCCCUGGAUAUUGAGAUUGCUACCUACAGAGCAUUGCUGGAAGGAGAGGAGAGCAGGAUAUGCACAGGAAACCCUGUUAGUGUUGCUGUGGUGAGUGGAGGAUACCCCGUUGGCGAAUGUGGAGCCGGAAUUGGAUCCGGAAUGGCAUAUGGUGCUUUAGGGGGAGGAAUAGACCAUGGUGUUGGGGGUUAUGGUAAUGUGGCUGGGGGGUUCACUAGUGUAAGCACUGGAUGUGUCCACACCAUGGGCUCCAGAGCUUCAGUUAACCCAGUGGGCAGGGCAGCAUCAGUGGGCUAUGGAAUCGGGCAUGGCUCUGGGGCAAGCAGUGGGGGUUUCAGCCCCACAAGUGGCGGCUAUUCUCCCACUGCGUCCACCAAGCACGUGGUGAGCUCUGGAGGUGGAAGACACAGCUCAGGCAAGUCUGCAGACAGCAGUUGCAGGAAUGCACACCACAAUGUCGGGGGAAUUCACCACGCAGGGGCUGGAAGUCCUGGAAGAGCAGGAGUGGGACAGUAUAGCUCAGGAGGGUCUGGACAGGGAGGCAUGGGAGGAGGGGUGCUGAAUUCCCGAGGGGAAGGCAGGGCUGGUGCUAGAAACAUGCAUGUCUCAUCAGUCAGAACUUCAUCGAGAAAAUAUUAAGGCCCAGUUAGGUAGUGGGAGGAAUGAUCCCAGCUGUCUGACAGCUUCGCAAAUAAUUCAAUUCAUGGCUGGUAGCAGCCAUGUGCUUGAGAACAACCACACCAAAGUACAUAUUAUGGUUAAAGAUGUCUUCAAUCACAACAGUAUCUUGUGGGUUGCUGUAGCUUGAGUUCAAGAGGUUAGAUAACUUUGGGUAUAUUGGCUAUUGAAGCCAAAUUUCCACCCGUUUUCUCAUUUCUCUCCCUUUUUCACCCUGGAUUUUCUUGCAACUGUCUCUAGUGGGACCCGCAGCAUUUGAAUCCAGAUCCCUAACCCUUUGUUCUAUAGUGCCCAGCAAAGCAUUUCCGAGAGGGAAGUGACACAUGAAAAGCCCAGGAUGGGAUUGCAAAAGGAGAUGUUUCUCUUUUGCUCUCUUUGCACCCAUAAUUAAAUUUAGAAAUACAUUUUAAUUGUUAGCUGUUUGCAACCCACAUUCAUGCUUUACGCCAAAACAUAGUUGAAAUUAGUGUCAUUGCAAGUAGACUCCAUUUAAAAAGUAAGAGGAAAUUGGCACUCUUCGUCCCACAUGGGAGAAAUUCCGCUUGAAAAUCCAAAUUUUGAGUCCCCAGCAAAUUGUCAAGAUUGUGGAGUGAAAGAAAAGCUCUCUCUCUCUCUCUCUCUCUCUCUCUCUCUCUCUCUCUCUCUCUCUCCGUGUGUGUGGGGGGGUGGGGGGUGUAUCUGUGUUAUGUUUGUAUGCAUUUGUCACUGUUCAGAUUUUGGUGGCAAGAAGGGAGUUUCAGCCACAAAAAAAGUGAAUUAUGAAAUUCAAACAACAUGUUCAAAAUGUUUGUAAAACCAUUUUUCAAAAAAAAAUGUUCUGGGUCAAUUAUGAUAUUCCAAGCAUUUGAAGGGGUUUGCCCACAGUUCAAAGCAUGCAUUAGUGUUCCAUAUGAGUUCUGGUUGCAACCCUCCUGUGCUUUCUGUAGCUCCACAGGUGUAAUGUCAGUGCCUACGUUUUGCUUCUUAUCAAGAUGUUCAAGACCUCUUCUGUAUUUCUAAUAAACUGCAUGCAUGCA